GGCACAGCUACAGACGUGCGAGCUAAAAUCUACUAAAUGUCACACACGACUAGCGUUGACCUCCUGAACGGGAGUCGGGAGAGCCGCCGCAUCACCGCCCCGGCAACGGCUACCGAAAUCCCGAAGUUUUGAAGACAUAAAAUAUAACAAUCAUUCCAGUUUACGACCCAUCAGUCUUGAUAGUGCAGUCGUGAUAGCUGUUUUUGCCUUUUUACGAGUUAUAAACGCUAUACGUUUCUGGUUCGGUUUGGGACUUCUGACGUUCUGUCCGUAGGUUCUCUGCUCACUAGCAUCAUUUCUACUCAGUCUACUCGUAGAUCUGCUGCACACGAGCUAUCGCCCUGAUCUGAGCUGACGCCAGGGCAUGGCUAGCGGCUGUCACUCACUUGCACAUUUUGCCAGUCUUUUCCAUGAGGCAUGAGUCGUAGACUGGGUGACAUGCCAUGGGAGAAGAGUAAAAGUCAAGUGGACUAGUGCUUGUACUUGUAAGUUGUAGGUCUAGUCAGUAGUCGUACUGUAAGAAACGGUGCGCAGCUACGUAGCCUAGCCAAGCGUGUGCAGCUAGCUCAACGACAACUUUACGUGGCAAAAAUACUGUCUUGAUCAUCAUCAUUCUCUGAUUCUCAAGUCAAGGUUGAUCUCGUGCACUGGUUAUGACUUGAGUUGAGCUAGGUUGACAGCCAACUGUUCCAGAUAAUGUCCGCAGCUAUCGACCGCUGCACUGAAUGACCGAACUGAGAGUUUGUUGGGACUUUGUAAUGAAGUCGAGCCCAACUGCUCCUUGCUUCAAAUUUCAAUAGACUCCUGGGCUGGGCUCUCUGCUUGGCAUUCUGGUCGCUCUUCACCGCGGGGGCGCGUGCCGUAAAUCUACUUUCUGGGCCACGAGCAAGAAGCAAGUGACCCCUGAUUUGCGCUCGGAUCGUGAAAAAGCCUGCCUCGCAGCAGUUGGCAGCGGUAACUGCGCGGCGAUCUAUGCAGUGUCACUGCGUGAUAAACCAUCGAAUUACGGUCGAGGAGGACGGCACAGGAAGGAAGAGCGACUUCCUGAACUCGGAGUUGUGUGCGUGCUGCGACGGCGAAAGUCCUCAGCUACGCUGUGUGCCAGGUACAUGUACAGCGUUGUUCUGCGCAACACGCUACUCGCAGGACGAUCCAAGCUCACAGCUCCUGUUUCUCCUGUCGUGCUAGCAGCGUUGCCAGCCGUGGCACGACGAACAACAGCAGCAGCAGCAGCGUCGACACAAACUGUGCCUGUGGCAGUGGAUGCAGUUGCCUGUUGGAAGCGUUUGUGAAUCCCUGCUCGACCGGCCUCCACACCGGUUCUUGUUCAAAGGCCGGCCUGACUGUGGAAGAAAGUCAGCACGCUGUGCCAGGCAUCUCAAUAGCAUUUUCGCUCUCUCUCUCGUGCACGCACGGCCACACAGCGCUGUAGCUGUGUCGAGUCGAGGUUCAGUAACGCACAAACUCAUUGCAGUCAGCGUUGCAUCGCUGCGCAGUGCAGUACAGCGUGCUGUCACACGCACAUAAUUCCCUGUUCUCAAGCAGCAGCUACAAGACCUCAGCCAGAAGCUGCAGUGACAGUAGCAGAAGUGGUCAAGAUCAGUGCAAAAUCUGAAUGCUCCAGGAGGAUGUUAUGCCGGGUGGAUGGUUAGGACUGUGAACAAGCUUGUAACUCCAGGCCGUUGGUCCUGCUGCUCGGGUCGACUAUAAAUUCCCGUUGGAUGAGAGUGUCUUUCCCAGAAACGCUCUCGACACAUCGCCGAGGCUAUGGCAAGUGGCGGUGGUGCUGGAGCUGGCGGUACUGGCAACGGCAGCAACACUCCACGACACCCAGCAGCAGCAGCGCCGGGGCAGUUCGGCAUAAAGCCCGACGAGGUUGUGCGCGGCUUCAUACGCCGUGCCAACCACAGCGGCAGCAGCUUCAACCUCAGUCCAAUUCGUCGGCGUCGUGCCCACUCAACCAGUAGUUCGUCCGCAGUGAGUCACAGUGGAAGCUUAGGCUUUGUGGACAGUGUAUGGGCAGUGCAGAACACGCCAACGUCUCCGUUGCAUAAUUUAAGCGGCUUGCAGAGCCAGUAUGGCUUUCGUUCCAGUCCUGUGGCCCCCAUUCGCAGGAAACAAUCUCUGGGCGAUUCAGCAACUGGCUACACGAGUAAUAGCCUUGCUCUUGCUGCAGCUGCCGGCAGUGCGGGUUUCAGCGGUGCCUCCUCGUCGUCUCUAUCCUCACAAACUCCCUCUCAUGCCGGUGUGAGGAGCACGUCGAGCAUGCCAGUUGGUACAUCCCAUUCACCGUCUUUACAUCAUCACCACCACCACCGCCAACACCAGCACCAGCACGUACCAGCACACCAGACAAUGUCGGCGCCAUUCCCUCUCUCGUCACAGCUGCAAGCUACGAAUUUGGCAGGCAGCACAGAUGAGUAUGGCGACACCAUCCCACAGGUGAGAAGCCAUAGAAGGAAUAGUGUCGGGAAGUUGAUUCCGCUGUGCGCUGCUACUGCUGCUGCUGCUAUGGACACACGGCAUGGCAUGGCUGGCAUGGCUGGCGUGGCUGGCGUGACUGGUGACAUUGACAGUACACACGUGUCGUCCACUAAUGUGUCCAUGUCAACAUCGACUGCUGCAGCCUCAGCUAGUUCCUCAGCUUCGGCCUCAGCGUCAGCCUCGGCUAGAACCUUGCAUACUCAAAUGUCAGUGGAUGAUGGGUAUGAGGCAAGCAGUGAGCAUAUGGCCAUGGCCACCGCAACUCGACCCAAGACCAAGCCCGACAAGGACAAGGACGCCAAGAAGUCGGGAAAGUGGAAGGACACGCUGAAGCGCCGCAAGGCCAAGCAUGAUGCCAAGCGCCGAGAUGACGGUGGACUAUCGGACAUAGCGGCCAGUGCCGCUCCGUCGCAAUGCACUACCCCUGUGCCGAUAGCGGAGGAUGAUGCAGAUAUCGGCGGUGAUGAGCCACCAGUUGCGCGUAAGAUUUCCAAUGGAACAUCACAGUCCCCGACUUCAGACCGAGAGGAUGGAAAGCGGAAAGGUUUCUUACAUGGUUUCUUGCCGAGGCCCAAUUUUUUCCGCCACCCGUCUCGUGAAGCUACUGGCAACCUUUCUGAUGGUGCUCACAGCGACACGACGAAGAAGAAGAAAAAGCGUGGCGUUCGCAAGAAGAAAGGUCACACGCGAAAUCGCUCCGAAGAUCUCAAUAACAACAACAACAACAAUGAGCCUAGCGCUUUGUUUUCUGGAAGCAGGGGUGCUGAAGGUGGUCCGCAAGCUGAGAGAAGGUCUGGUGCACCGCACGGCACUGGUCGUACAGCGUCGGCUAGUUCGUCAGCUGCAUGUGCAUCAGCUGCCUCACCGACCUUGGCCUCCGCCACUGCUUCUGCUGCUGCUGUGGGUGACUGUGGCGGCGGUGGCAGUAGCAGUGAUGAAGCGGCAACCGUUCUUGCCAGUGCCGGAGGAGAAUUUGAAGGAGCACCUGUGCCACUCAUUCCAGGCCCGGACUCAGCUGUGAGCAGUCUGCGCGACGACCUGUCCCAAGACCUACUCCUGGACGGUAGCUACCCUACACCGGGUCCCUCUAACCCAGCCACACCGGGCGCCGUAGCCCGGCACCGUAACAGUGGGUCUUCGCUGGCGGCAAGUGCCACUAGCGGCGGAGUGGAUAGCAGUCAGUUGAGAAGAAGAAGUCGUCCGUACUCGAGCGAUGUGGACACUGGCGAGGCAUCGUUUGACAUCAUUGCCGAUUCUGAUAACAUCAGUGUGGCAUCGGAGCCAGCCGGUCUGUACAGGAGCCACCGUCCUCGGGUGUCCUCGGGCGACAGGCCAAGAGCUGAUCAGGAGGCUGUUGACAACGUCAUCGAUAAACUGACAGACUUAUCAGAGCGUAUUGAGCAGGAGCACAAGCACAAGAUCAAUAACAUCGUGCAGCAGCUGAUGAACACUGGGGACUAUCGUACGUACAAUGACUACGCGCGGUACGCACUCGAGCUACUCAGCAGCAUUGAUACCAACGACGGAGAGUUCAACAUGAUGAUACUGCUGGUCAUGACCAGCCAGCUGGUGACUUCGUUACCAGAUAACCUGCGUCACCUUGCAGUGGAGAUUGAGAGGAAUAGCAGCUUGCUUCUGGAGAAGCACUUUGCCGAAUUCUUCUAUGCCGGAACGGAAAAAGCCCUUGCCUUCCUUCGUCGAUGCUCUCUACGUCGUCGUGGUAACAGCACAGGUGAAGUCCGCUCAUUGUCCAGUCAGAGCCAGCUCAGCAGUACUUCAAGCACCACAGCUAUGGCCAGUGCUGCUGCCGCUGCACAGGCUGCACCUGCGCACCCAGCCAGCCCUCUGGCAUCGCUUGAGCCAGCCACUGGUGGAACGCCGACGCUGCGCCUGCGAGGCGAAACGCGGGGUCAGUCGGCGAGAGAGUCGCGGCUACAGCGACAGCUCCGUCAGCAGCAGGUUGUACCGUCUCCACGGUUACGCCAGGCUUCUUCCGCUCCGCGCCUCGACAGUCAUCUAGCGCCACAAGAGUAUUCUGGAAAUCUGGAAGAAGAGGAUUGAGACUGAUUGAGGUACAUUGUGCUAUGCUGACUUCUGGCCAUGUGCAAGCACCCUUUCCAUUUUUGCCUUAUCGUCACGAGCAGAUUUCAUUCAGGACAUUUGUAGUCGGAUAUCAUGAAUAAUCCCGAACAGGUCAGCAGCAGGCAAUACCCUGCAAGAAGAUGAGCCGCGCAGGCAGCAAUAGUCAGUAAUCUGUGUUGGCACUGUGAGCGGUGUUGCACACCUGUCUUGACCGCUGUUCUCAUUGCAUUAUGUUCUCGCACCACACCUACAUAUACAUUGUUUGAAUCUGAGUCGAUCUUCUUCAUUGUUGAGCAUUUGAGCUGCGCAGCUUACCUCCGACUCAUCCAGAGUUUAACAUGUGAAGAUCAGCUCUCAAUCUUGUACUGGCAGAUUGUAAAAACACCCAGAGAUUUCUUGCCCGCUGCUCUAUACAUCUGGAGCAGUAGGAGAUGCAUCACACGUCUUUAUGCGAGUGCCCACUGCUGUACUCGACAUUGACACUUCUUGAGUCUGUGAUUUGAUCUGUUGAGUCCUCAUGUCCAGUAUAUUACGUGUUUGUAGUCCCUUUAUGUCACUCGGAAAGUGUUUCUUGAAGACCCAGUGCAGUGUUUAUCAUCAUGUAGGUGUUCUUAUUGUCUGUGUGCCGAUUACGUUUCGCUAACUUAAUUUUUCUCAGGAAAUUUUCCCUUUCCCUAUCGCAAUUUCUGCACACCGUGUCUUCGGAUAUAGAAACCUCAUCUACUUUCCCUUUAUCUGCUAUAAGAAUGGCUCCUCUGUUCGACAUGGCCGCAGUAUCCGAACAUUUCAUACUCACAUCUAAACUAUUUUCUAUCCUUAUAUCUUCUGAAUUUAUUUGCUCUUCAUUCAGAUGGUAACUUUUAAAACUGGAAUCUUCAUUUUUUUAAAGUAGUCGAUAGAGAACAUAGUUUUGCGUUUCUAUUUUGAUGUGUUCAUAUUUCAAGUCGGGUAACUUAA